AUGGACUUUGAGCCAGAAUCGGAAUUUUCGGAAGACCACGACGCCCUUCCUGAUCUGUACGACGAGGACGAGGAAGACGGAUUGGCCGACGAAGACGCCGAUUUCCACGCCGCUGGGUUUGGUGGCCUGGGUAUCCCGGCCGGAAAUAUACACAUCGAGUUCAGCAUGGACGACGCCGAAGACAAUGGCGGCGGCCGCGGAGAACACAGCCGAGUGGCAGCCAGCCGUUUCUUGAAUCUACUAGCCUCCAAUGGCCUGCGGCAUAUCCUCCACUCCAACGCCUGGCGCGGGAACUUCGUAGAGGAGGAUGACGAAGACGACGACUUUGGAUUCUUCAGCUAUCGGAAUCGACCACGACGGACUGGGAAUCAUGAACCACCGAAGGUUCCGAGCGAAGAGGGUGCUAAGUUGAUGAGUUCCGGCGAUUUCGGGAGCAACUCUUAUUAUGUCGAUGAGCUGAAGAAGCGCAAACGCUCGCUCGCGACGAAGGUCAUGUGGCGUGAGCUGGGCGUGGAUGUCUCUGGGGGUCCGAAGAGAGACGUACGGGCUAUUUCUCAGGGCCUGAUACCGGGCUCUGCUGCGGACAAAAUCAUCCAUUUCGACUCCCGUUGUUACUCGGGGCAGUUUUCCGACGACGGGAAUUUCUUCUUUUGCUGUGCGCAGGACUUCAAGGUCCGGAUGUAUGACACGUCGAAUCCGUACGAAUGGAAGUACUACAAGACGGUCGACUACCGGUUCGGUCAGUGGACUAUUACCGAUGCCACUUUGAGCCCUGACAAUAGGUUCCUGGCGUAUUCGUCGAUUCGAAAUCUUGUCUGUCUGGCGCCGACGGAUCCGGCUGACAGUUCCGAGCCUACUAUCUUGGAUCUGUCAUCGGUUUCUAGGCGCCCGGACCGUGGGCCCCUAUACGGCAACUCACACUUUGGGAUCUGGUCUCUGCGCUUUUCCGGAGACGGACGCGAGAUUGUUGCAGGCACCUCGGACCAGUCGGUGGUGGUGUACGACAUCGAAACUAUGCAGUCUGUCUUGCGUUUACAGAACCAUGAAGACGAUGUCAAUGCUGUCUGCUUUGGCGAUAAAUCCUCACCCCAUAUCCUCUACUCAGGAUCUGACGAUACCACACUUCGCGUGUGGGAUCGGCGCUCCAUGGGCGACGGACGCGAAGCGGGCGUCUUCAUGGGACACACGGAGGGACUGACGUAUGUCGACAGUAAAGGCGACGGGCGAUAUGUUCUCUCCAACGGCAAGGACCAGACAAUGAAACUGUGGGAUCUGCGAAAGAUGAUGACGACCGCCAAGUUCGAUACGGUAGACAUCCACCGGUACACGACAGGCUUCGACUACCGGUUUGAGCGAUAUCCCGAGGGAUACUAUCAACAUCCACACGACUGCUCCGUGGUCACGUUCCGGGGUGGCCAUCGGGUGCUCAAGACCCUCAUCCGGUGUCACUUCUCCCCGCCGGGAAGUACCAAUUCGCGAUACGUGUACACGGGUAGCGAAGAUGGAAAGGUCUAUGUAUAUAACCUGGAUGCCACGCUCGCUGGCACGAUCGAUGUUGGCCAGGCUACGGAAGAUACGCGUCCGCAAGAUCAGGACAUCUAUACGACCGCGUAUGAGAUGCGCACGCGGAGCGGCGAGAUGACAUGGCGAACGUGUGUUCGAGAUGCUAGCUGGCACCCCAAUGCCCCAGUCCUUGCGGCGACGUCAUGGAAUGGCUGGGGCCUGUCGACAGGUACCUGCACGUUACAUAGCUGGAAUGACGGGGCCGCAGAGGAUGAGGGCAAACCGCCAGUCGGAAAGAGCUACGACUGUCGGCUGAACUAUGUGAACGAAUUCAACCAAUUCAAGGACACGAUUCGAUAUCUGAGGAGUCGACCAGUUGAACGGACUCGGACGCCUCUGGAUGACGAGUAUGCCUAUGAACUUUGGUGA